CUGCAAGAUGGCGAGGAGGAGGAAGGCCGGCCCCGGCCGCCCUGCGCAGCUUGCAGUGAGCUUUGCUGACGUCACCGUUCUUUUCUCUCGUGGGGAGUGGGAGAUGUUGUCAGCCUUCCAGAAGGAUCUGUACCGAGAUGUGUUGAGUGAAAAUUAUGCCAGCUUCGCUUUCCUAGGCCUCGCGGCUGGCAAACCUCAGCUCAUUUCCAAGCUCGAACAAGGGCUGGAGUUGUACCACGGGGACCCGCCCGGGGGCGCUCAGAGCCCCUCCUUAGCUGGGGAAGGAGCAGGACCUUCUGAAAGUCCAGGAUCUCAAGAGACCCGCCCUAAAAGGUUGGAAGAGAAGGAGAGUCACAGGCGUGGGAGAUUGUCCAGCCGAGGCAGAAAGGGUCCAGCACGAGGGGAGCGUCAGAUAACGGGAAAAGGAGGCUGCAAGUGUAUAUAUUGUGGGAAAAUCCUAGCCAGUCGGAAAACCCUGCAUGCUCACAAGAAGACCCACAAGGGGCCAAAGCCCUUUGAGUGCCAAGAAUGUAAGAAGAAGUUCAGUCGUAGCGCACACUUGAUGGUGCACGUGAGAACCCAUACAGGGGAGAAGCCCUUCCCAUGUGAGGUCUGUGGGAAGCGGUUCAGCCAGAGGGCCAACCUCCGUACGCACUCCAUCACCCACUCCGGGGAAAAGCCCUUCGUGUGUUCCAGAUGUGGGAAGGCGUUCAGCCAGAAACAAUACCUCAUUCCGCAUGAGAAACUCCACAGGGAAGAGAAGCCGUUUCGAUGCGACACGUGCGGCAAACGUUUCAUUUCCACGAAAGUCCUCCGGUACCACCAAAAGUCUCACCUGGGCCCUUACCCGUGUGUCGAAUGUGGGAAGAAGUUCAUGUCCCAGGCGGGCUUGAAGAGACACCAGGUCAUUCACACAGGGGAGAAGCCAUUCGCCUGUGCCAAGUGCGGGAAACGCCACAUCACCAAAGCCAGCCUGAAGUACCACUUGCAGACAUUCCACUCGAAAGAACGGCCCUACCAGUGUGGAGACUGUGACCGUAGUUUCUGGCGCAAGUCGGCCCUAACGUACCACCAGAGGAUCCACACUGGCGAACGGCCCCAUAAAUGUACUGAGUGCGGGAGCAGCUUCUGCUACAAGAAAAGCCUCACGAAACAUCUGCGGACUCACACGGGCGAGAAGCCCUUUUCCUGUGACGAGUGUGGGAGAAAGUUCACCACCAAGUGCAGCCUCCAGGCCCAUCAGAAAACCCACACGGGCGAGAAGCCGUUCAAGUGCAGGUUCUGUGGGAAAAGCUACUGGGAGUACCGGCGGUGCCGGAGGCACGAGGAAGUCCACACGGGGGAUCGGCCAGCGUGCCUCGAGUGCGGGAAGCAGUUGCGGACGGAGAGGGAGCUCCUGAUACACCAGCGCGUCCACACCGGGGAGAAGCCCUUCCAGUGUCCUCGCUGUGGAAAAAGCUACCACCGGAAAAACGAUUUGGUAAAGCAUCUGAAAGACCCGUGCAAAGAGUAAUGUUGCAUGUUUUUGUGGUUUUUGAUUUUUGUAUACUGUUUUUAAACGUUUUAUGUGAACCGCCCAGACAGCUUCAUCUAUGGGGCAGUAUAAAUAAAUAAAUAGAAAUAAAAAAAUAAUUGCGAAGGAAGGCUGGGGUCCACCCAGCGCCCUUGCAGGGUAGGCACCCGGACCAAACGUCAAGGUUCCCAGGUAGCCCCCUCCCUAGUCCUGUCAUAGAAUCAUAUUGUAGAAUAGCAGAGUUGGAAGGGGCCUACAAGGCCAUCGAGUCCAACCCCCUGCUCAGUGCAGGAAUCCACCCUAAAGCAUCCCUGACAGAUGUUUGUCCAGCUGCCUCUUGGAUGCCUCUAGGGUGGGAGAGCCCACAACCUCCCUAGGUCACUGGUUCCAUUGUCGUACUGCUCUAACAGGAAGUUUUUCCUGAUGUCCAGAUGGAGUCUGGCUUCCUGUCACUUGAGCCCGUUAUUCCGUGUUCUGCACUCUGGGAGGAUCAAGAAGAGAUCCUGGCCCUCCUCUAUGUGACAACCUUUUAAGUCCUUGAAGAAUGCUAUCAUG